AACAUCGAAACUCCGAGGCUUCUAGGGAAUUGCCAGAUCAAGGAGGCUAGGAGCUAGCCCUGGCAGAAGUUAGACUAUCCUGCAUGCCUGCACUUUCCGCACACGUGAUGGCAGGAAGCGUGCGAUACUUUUUGACAGGCUAACGUCAAAAUGGUCGCCAAUCUGCCACUUGAAUUGCGAAAUCAGGCGAGCAGGUUGUCCCCAAAACGUUGAACAGGAAAAUGGCAGAACAAGCACAAGAACCAGAGCAAAAGUACAGCGACAGCGACAGCGAGCUGCCCUCCGAGGAGGUCAUGCUGGAGAUCGAGGAAAAGCUUUCCCAGCCAGGAUGGGAGGACCACGAGCGGUACAUCACUGCAGCGGGGUCAGAGGCGGUGCCAAUCACCAUGAGGUCGCGGAUACCCGAGAGUUUCGUCAAGGUCUGCCGGCAUGAGCACGCCCUGGCGGAGCAGUCGACCCCAGUGCAGACUCGGCCGAAGCUUUGUAGGUUUUUCAAACUCAAUUACAAGCCGCGUGUUCUCAAUCUGACAGAUUUACCCGAGGAUUGAGAGCUCCUGCUUGACAUUGUUGUUCCUAAUAAAAGAUG